CGGGGGUCCUGAUCGUGAUCGGGGCUCGCUCACCGGCGGUAACGGGGGCGGGGAGGAGAGAGAGAGUCGGUGUGAAGGUUGUCCUGGCGGGUAGUGAGCUGGGGCUGAACCCCAAGAGAGUGAAAAGCUGGAUGGAAAAGCUUCUGUUUGAACAUGGCAAAUCCUUUACGAAGUGAAGUAAUAAAACUGUAUAAAAAAUUGCUGUACCUUGGCAAAGAAUAUCCAAAAGGAGAAGACUACUUCAGAGAUCGUCUUAAGGCAGCUUUCAUUAAAAAUAAAGAUGUUACAGAUCCUGAGCAAAUCAAGGCAUUAAUAGCUCGAGGAGAAUUUGUGAUAAAGGAACUGGAGGCAUUGUAUUACCUUAGGAAAUACAGAGCUAUGAAACAACGUUAUUAUGAAGAGAAGAAUGAAUGAUCUUUUGAUGAGGCAACUUUAACACCUCAAUUUAAAGAUAUGCAGUGUAUUUGUAUACAAGUACAUCUCUGGGAUUCAGCCAAAUUCUCUGCAUCUAUUUGCUUGUCUCAAUGCGGUGUUUAAAAUUGGUUAGUUAAGAAUGGUACUUUUAAGAAGCCAUUGCUAUAACGUUCAAAAUUCAAACAUUUUUGGAAUACAAGUACUAAUGCUGCUCAGUAUUCAGAUCUUGCUAUGUUAGCAUUAUCUGCAUGCAACCUGAUCAUAGAUACACCUGUCAAUCAAAACUAAUUUAAUAAUGUUGGCCUUUGAUCAAGACUAUUGCUGUCUAAUUGUGCCAUGAUCAAAAAUACAGCUCUCAUUUUAAAGGUAAAUGACUUUUAAAGUCUGAUUAAAUGAACACUUAAUUACAAUGCAAAUACUAACCAAUCACCAUACAACAGUUGCAGUUUUAAGCAACUGGAAUAUGUAUUGUAAGUGAUAAUAAAACACUGGUGCGAAGAAGCUUGCGGUUGAUAUAGGAAGUGCGUGUUUUAUUUUACCUCGAGUGUUUGUAACAAGCUUGAUACACAUAUCAAA